ACAUCUGUUAAACGACCCUUUUUAUCUGACGCGCAUUGUUUAUUGACUUAUCGAUGAUGUAGUCUCGAGUUUUUUUAUGUCUUAUCAAUAUGCUUCGUAUUCGCUGGUUGAGAGUCGGGAAGCUCUUGAAGGGUCGAAGAGYGCCGCCUMUCRUGAUGGGUGUCCCCGUUUCAGUGAAGCGUCCAASUCCAUACGAAUUUUCUUUCGCUAGUUUCUCAACUACAGGGACUUUACAGAGUUCUAUAUCUGAAGUUACAUCUGAAAAUAUGGCUUCAACAGUAGAGGCAGUAGUUGCACAGUUUGAUGACUUAAAAGAUGGAGAAAUGAAAACUGUAGACAUUGGAGAAGGAAAGGCUUUGCUGGUCAGAGAACAAGGACAAUACUAUGCUGUGGGCCAUAAAUGCACUCAUUAUGGUGCACCSUUAGCAUCUGGGGCCUUACUGAAUGGCCGUGUGCGAUGUCCCUGGCAUGGUGCUUGYUUUAAUGUCAAGACUGGUGAUAUUGAAGAUUUUCCUGGUUUAGACAGCAUCCCAAAAUUUGAGGUGACCAUAUCAGGGAAAAAUGUGAUUGUUCGUGCAAAUACUGAGCAAUUCAAAUCACAUAAAAGAGUAAAAGCUCCAUUAUGUCAGCCCAAUCCUGCUGUUGAUAAAAGAUCAUUUAUUAUCAUUGGAGGAGGGGGAUCUGCUAUGAAAGCUGCUGAGACCCUCAGAGAAGAAGGAUUCAAAGGCCGUGUUGUCAUGAUAGCCAAGGAGGAUCAUAUUCCUUAUGACCGCCCAAUAUUGAGCAAGAAACUUACAAUAGCUGCCAAUGACAUGAAACUGAGAUCUCAGGARUAUCUUUCUGUACAUGGUAUUGAAUUCUGGAAUGGAAAAGAGACCAAGGUCAUUAAAUGUGCCAGGAAGUGAUUUGGAAAAUGUUUUAUUAUUGAGAAGCCCAGAGGAUGCUAAUAAAAUAGCUGAAGUUGGUCCUGGUAAAAAAGCUGUCAUCAUUGGCUCGUCAUUCAUUGGCAUGGAAUUAGCUGCUUUCUURGUUGGGAAAGCAACAUCAGUAACAGUGGUGGGAAGAUCAGAGAUUCCUUUUGCUAAUGUCCUUGGUAAAGAUAUUGGUCGACUUUUAAAGAAAAUGCAUGAAGAUAAAGGUGUUAAGUUCAUACAUGGUCAAACUGCUAAAGAAUUCAAAGGUCAAGGAGGAAAGCUUAGUUCUGUGGUUUUGACUGAUGGCACAGAAUUAGAAGCAGAURUAUGCCUUCAAGGAGUUGGCGUAAAACCAUCAACAGACUUCCUGUCAAACAGUGGAGUUCCAUUGAACAGUCAAGGCAGCAUUGUAGUCAAUAAGUACAUGGAAGCAUGUGAUGGAGUUUAUGCUGCAGGAGAUAUUGCACACUUUCCUCUCAAA